AGAAAGGAUAUAUAUGAUUGUCCAUUGGCUGAUAACCGUUAGUCGAGGGCAUCAAGAGUUUGGGCACAGUUGCAUUUCGUUUCCUACCUUCUGUUUUGAGUGUGUUUAUCCACGAUGGUGUUCCUGGAUUCCGUGGGCGACUUUUUCGAGUCUCUGGCCGAUCGCUUCCGGCGGGACAACGACGAACUGAGACGAGAGGACAAAGAGAACGACCUGAUUAACGAGGCCAACGAAAUCGCCAACGAUGCCACAGACGCUUCCCAGCCAGCCAAGAUCCUCUCAGUGGACUUCAGGGCCAAGGAAAAUGCAGCCAACCACCACUGCGAGAAGUACGAACUCCUGGAACGUCGGAAGGACGUCUCGGUCCUGCGAAGGGGCGGGACCUUCCUCAUCACCCUCACUUUCAACAAGAACGUCGACCUGAAGAAGCAGCAUCAGCUGAAGAUUUACAUGUCCUUUGGCCCGAGGCCAAACACCCAGAAUGGGACCCAGGCAGUGCUGACAGUCAGCGGGAAGACAAUGUUUGACAAGAACCACGAGAUUUGGGACGUCAGGGUUGACGAGAAGGCUCCUACCAGCGCCACCCUGGAGAUCCAGAUACCAACUGAAGCGCCUGUAGGUCUUUGGAGCACCGCUUUUGAAUUAUCAGAUCGAGGAGAUAAAGACGGUGCCUCCAGGCAUCUCAUGAGGUCGGAGCAGAUGACUUACAUUCUCUUCAACCCUUGGAACAAACGCGACUACACCUACUUGGCGGAUGAUGCCAAACGAGAGGAAUAUAUCUUGAACGAUGUUGGAAAGGUGUGGAUCGGGAGCUACCCAACGGCCCGUGGAAGACACUGGGUAUUUGGGCAGUUCGAUGACGCUGUGCUCCCAGCUUGUGUACUUCUCAUGGAGAAAGCUAAGGUCGCCCCAGAGAACAGAGGUGAUCCCAUCCGGGUUUCCAGAGCCAUUUCCAGGAUUGUAAACAGCAAUGACGACAACGGAGUCAUCAUGGGCAGGUGGGAUGGAAACUACGAAGAUGGCUCUGCACCCACCAAGUGGACAGGCUCCAUUGCCAUUCUGGAGCAAUACAUCAGUACGCAGAAGCCAGUUAAAUACGGGCAGUGUUGGGUGUUUGCUGCAGUUGUUAACACCGUUUGCAGGGCUCUUGGACUACCAGCUCGAGUGGUCACUAACCUCAACUCAGCCCACGACACCAAUGGGUCUCUCACCAUCGACGAGUACUUUGAUAAGGAUGGUGAGGAGUACCGUUACAACUCCACUGGUCCAAAUCCAGAAGGAGAACGUGACUCAAUCUGGAAUUUCCAUGUCUGGAAUGACGUCUGGAUGGCUCGUCCAGAUCUUCCAGAUGGUUAUGGAGGCUGGCAAGUCAUUGAUGCUACUCCCCAGGAAACUAGUGAUGGCGUGUACCAGUGUGGUCCUGCAUCACACGAAGCUAUUCGCCAAGGCCAGAUGCACUUCAAAUACGACGUCCCAUUCGUCUUGGCUGAAGUCAACGCCGAUGUCGUCCACUGGCAAGUCGACGACGGGGCUCCAGAUGGCUUCAAGAAACUCAGCUCCAACCAAUUCCACGUUGGCAAGCAAGUGCUGACCAAGGCCAUCGGAAAUGUCGAAAGUGGAGGAUUCAACAAGAAUGACAGAGAGGACAUCACACAGGAGUACAAGCCAAGCGAAGGGAGUCGUGCAGAGAGGCUCACGCUGUACACUGCUGCCAGACGGAGUCGCGCUGCUCGCCAUGCCUUCCGACUCCCGUCGGAGGCGAUAGAGGACGUCGAAUUUAACAUCAAAGACGUCGAGAGGGUUCCCAUCGGAGAAGACUUCGCUAUCACUGUGACGAUGAAGAACGUCGGCGAUGCCAACAGAACCGUGACCUCCCUGCUGACUGCCAGCAGCACCUACUACACAGGAGCCAAGGCUUAUCCCAUCACCAGAGCCGAGGGAGAAUUUGUGCUGAAGCCGAAUGAAACAAAGACACUAACGCUCCCAGUGAAGUACAAAGACUACUAUCCCCUGCUGGUGGAACACGCCAUGAUCAAACUGGUGGCCAUUUGCAACGUGAAGGAGACGUCCUUCUCCUGGGUGGGCGAAGACAAGUUCCAGGUCAUCAAACCCGACAUGCGUAUUGAGGUGACGACAGAGGCACUGGUGGACAAGCCCCUGGGAGUCAGGUUCUUCUUCACGAACCCUCUGGCCACGACCCUGACGAAGUGCUCCCUCGUGGUGGACGCCCCUGGGCUCGUCAGGCCUAAGACUAUCCCCCUCGGCAACGUCCCAGCCAAGGGAAAGAUGGAGUACGAGAUGAAGCUCUACCCGAAGAAGGAGAACAGCUGCACCAUAGUGGGCACCUUCAAUUCCACCGAGCUCCGUGACUUGACAGGUUCCGUCAACGUCGACAUCUUUAGCCCGGAAGGAUAGAUUAGAACCAGUGGCUCUCAACUCUCUCCAAUAGUCAAGGCAAAGGGAUUAUAGUAUACCGGGCUGUUGGAGAGCAAGAGACCUUGCCAGCACAAGGCUGGGUUGAAUCUAGGAUGGUAGGAGUGAGGAGGAUGUGUGGGUGGGCUCCUGAGAUGUAGAAGUUUUUAUAUAUGAAUAUAUAUAUAUAUAUAUAUAUAUAUAUAUAUAUAUAUAUAUAUAUAUAUAUAUAUAUAAAACUAUUGGAUCAUGACUAUUCAUAUAUAUAUAUAUAUAUAUAUAUAUGUAUGUAUAUAUAUAUAUAUAUAUAUAUAUAUAUAUAAUAUAUAUAUAUAUAUAUAUAUAUAGUAUAUGUAUAUGUAUAUAUAAAUUGAAAAACCUCUACAAUUCUCAGUUUAUUUAUUCGUGCUAUAAAACCUUUAGUUCCAAAGUUGCUUUUCCUUAAGGCUCAAGAAUACAGUUAAAAUGCUGAAUUAAGUUAUGAAAAGAACAGAUUAUGUACUGAAAGCAAAAUCAUGAAUAAAAAAAACUUCUUGGAAUAAUAAUUUUCAGUUUUAAUUA